CAGGAGGAAGUCAGUAAGGCCUGCUGUACUGCAGGAAACUGGAGAAUUCUGUGCUCAGUUUGUUAAAUUCCUUGUACUGAUAUAUAGAUUACAAGUGAUCAGUACCAAAGUUGGUGGCGUGAACUAACUUUAUUCAUACUGGAUAGCUCUGUCAGUUGUAAGCUAUUCUUCCUAGAGAUCCAGUAACGACUUUUUCUUAUCAAUCCAGUGUUAUUGCAGGAGGAAGUCAGUAAGGCCUACUGUACUGCAGAAGUUAACUGAAGAAUUCUAUGCUCAGUUUGUUAAAUUCCUUGUAUUUAUAUAUAGAUUACAAGUGAUCAGUACGAAAGUUGGUGGCGUGCCUGAAGUGUUACCUCGGGAUAUGAUCAGACUUGUAGAGCCAAAUGUGCCAGGUUGGUCCUUGGUUGAAGGCUACAUCGUUUUAAAUACCUGCUAUGUAUGUCAGUACAUUAUUUGAUGAGUUUAUUAUUUCUUCAGAUUUAGUGCUCGCUCUUGAACAAGCGAUCAAAGCAGCGGGCGACGGUGAUGUUGUUUCACCAACAACAGCUCAUGAACGCAUCAAGAAAAUGUACACUUGGGACAAGGUUGCAAGAAGAACAGAGAUGGUAAAGUUGUUGCUCGUAAUUCAAUGCACCAUAGUUUAGGCUAAAGUCUCAAGUCAUACGACUUGGACUUGUUACAAGUCAAACGUAAAGUCUUUAGGUUACAGAACACCUUUGAGUGUUAAUUUUGCCUAAAAUUUUUUUUAUUGGUUUCCAUGAAACCCUAGACUGGACUAGUUCUACUAUCUGACCAAGUUUGAACGAAAAAUGUUGAAAACUCGCAGAGUUAUUUAAUAAAAUACAUUUCGCUGCAAUAAGAAAAACAUUGAAAAUGUAAUAUUCAAAUUCAAUUUUCUCACGAAAAAUUUUACGGUAAUUACUGAUUUUCAAACGAGUUAUGCUCCUGCGGAUUUUAACCAAUUUUUCUCACAUUUUCACAGGACAUAGCUAAAUACGUCAGUUUCAAAAUUGUGUUCGGCUUUUUAAAAUUUUGGAUAUUUUAAAAAUAAAGAGCAAUUCACUCAAACAAUUCAGAAAUAUAUUGCAGUCGUCAAAGAAAUCGCCAUAUCAGCGGAAUGACGAAAUAAACAAAAAAUUCCGAACACAAUUUUGUAGAACAACUAUUUUACUGUAUAAAAAUGAUAUUUUCAUAAAUAUAACUUAAAACCAGCAGGAGCACAACUCAAAAGCGUAAAGGUACCGCGAUUUAAGAUUUUCCUGAAUAAUUCUUACAUUAUUUUAUUGUUUGUUAAUUUUACAACUUUACCAUAUUUUGCAUGCACUGGCGAACAUUUGGUGAAAAUUUGAUGAAAAUCGGACUGAUAUUGAGCGCGCAGUAGCGAAUUUCCGCAAAACGCCAGAAAGGGUGUCCUGUAACCUUAAAUAUGUAGUGAAAAUUAACUUUUCUACAACUUGCAUUGGAAAUUCAUCGAUUCGCAGUGACUACUGCAGUGGUGUAUUGCAGUAUGACUGUGAGCUUGUAACGUAUAGUAUGUUAAUAUGUAAUAUUUCAAAUCUGACUACGAAGACUGGACUAGAUUGCAAGUCCGCGCAAUCUGGUCACGUUCGAGGCAAAGCCGAGGACUGGAUGAAAAUGCGAGAGCUUGAAAUCUAGUUCAGUCCGAAUUGGAAGAUUUGAAAUGAAAUCUCAUACGAAUAAAUCACUAUUUAAUUACUUUUUGAUCCAGUCCAAGGACUGAAUUAAUUUUGAUCCAGUCCUAGGACUGGAUCAAUAUACUUCGUCAGGUAUGGUUGGCUAAUUUAUCAUGAAUUAUUAAUGAGUUUGGGAUAUAAUUGUCAUGCGUGAGUCCCCAGCUCAUGGUAAAAAGAACUGUACAGGAAGACUUGUGAGUUGACGUGGUCACAGACAAAAUGACUUGUGUCUUGAUUUGGACUUGCAAAAUAUGACGUAUUAGCUACUCUGUAAUUCUGAUUUAAUUCCCUUCAGGUGUAUGAUAGCAUUUCGAAUAGUCCUAUAUCUCCAUUAGAAGAUAAACUCAAAAGGUGAGAUGUUUAAAUUGGUUACAUUGUAAAAUCUUCUAACACCAAAGGAUUGCCCUUACUACUAGACCUCCAGGAAGAACAGCUUGGAACUGUUAGAGCUAUCCAGUAUAAAUAAAGUUAAGUGUAGUUUAGAAACUUUCCUCCUGUAGUAUUACUGUAUCAAGAAUCGAUGACUCUUACUGGACUCUAAGUAGAUGAGGUUAGAACUGAUUGGCUAUCCAGUAAAAAGAAGUCAAUGUAGUUUAGCUUUCGUCUUGUAGUAACCAAUAGACCAAUAAAAAGAGCCUUCUGCACCUUUAGAGAGAACAAGUUAGAACUGAUAGAGCUAUCAAGUACAAAUAAAGUUUAGUUUAGUUUUAGGUUUCCUCCUCAGUUAGUACUGGAUCAAUAAUAGGUGGUUCUUUCUAGACCUCUAGGAACACCAGUUUAAACUGACAGACCCAUACAGUAUAAAUAAAGUGAGUUUAGUUUAGGUAGUGAUAGCCCUUACCGGACCUCUGUAUAGGGAAAACCGUUAAGAACUGAUAGAGCUAUACAGUAAUGUGUUUUUUAAUGUCAGGUGGUAUGAAUGUGGAGUUGUGGCAGGCAAAAUCUAUUGUUUCCUUGCAAUCAUCGACCUACUUUUUCUCUUGCUGUUAAAUUGGCUGAUACCUGAACAGGUAAGUUAUCGAAAACAGCCGUGUGUCGGAACUACCUGAAAAAGAAUUAAAAUCACUUAGAUGUUUUCAGUGAACUGGCUUUUCUUGAGGAGGUUCCGUCGAAGUGUUUUCAACUUCCACGACAGUUUAUUAGAAUCCUACCUACGCUGGACCACCACGUUUGAGUAUCUUUUUCAGAUACCUCAAACAUAAACCAUGACAGUUUAUUGUAUAAUACUACUUGCUACUCGACCACCACGUUUGAGAUAUCUUUUUCAGGCAGUUCAGACACAAACGUAUAUUGUGGUAUACUGCCUACAAUGCUAAUUGUUUGCUAAUGUUUUGUUUUUCUAAUGCUAAUGUUUUGUUUUUCCCUAGUUAAUUGACAAAGCGCCCGAAGUCAGACGAGAUCAAAAGCUCCACGAUAAAAGUAGCAGAGACAGGUAA